UAAUUCCUCUCCAGCGCCCAUCCGAAAUUCAAGCAUUUUCCUUCUCUUCACUCACUCCAUUCCACACAAGGCCACUCUGAUUCCCUCUCUUUCAAUCUCUGAUCUCCGCCGCGGAUUCCAAUCCCCUCCCAUUCUAUCUAUCUGUUUCUUCGUCAUGGCCACUGGACAACUCUUCUCCCGUACUACACAAGCUUUGUUUUACAACUACAAGCAACUUCCCAUCCAGCGGAUGCUUGACUUUGACUUUCUUUGUGGUAGAGAAACACCGUCUGUUGCUGGAAUAAUUAAUCCUGGUUCUGAGGGAUUUCAAAAGCUCUUUUUUGGUCAGGUGGAAAUUGCCAUCCCAGUUCAUGCUGAUAUUGAAGCAGCUUGUGCUGCACACCCCACUGCUGAUGUGUUCAUCAAUUUUGCAUCAUUUAGAAGUGCAGCUGCAUCAUCCAUGGCUGCUUUGAAGCAGCCAACAAUUAGAGUUGUUGCUAUUAUUGCUGAAGGUGUACCAGAGUCAGACACUAAGCAAUUGAUAGCGUAUGCUCGAGCAAACAAUAAGGUUGUUAUUGGCCCAGCCACUGUUGGAGGAAUUCAAGCUGGUGCUUUUAAGAUAGGUGACACAGCUGGAACAAUUGACAACAUAAUUCAUUGCAAGCUCUACAGGCCUGGAUCUGUUGGAUUUGUUUCUAAAUCUGGUGGGAUGUCCAAUGAAUUAUACAACACUAUUGCCCGUGUAACUGAUGGAAUUUAUGAAGGAAUUGCCAUUGGUGGAGAUGUUUUCCCAGGCUCCACACUUUCUGACCAUGUUUUGCGGUUUAACAACAUACCACAGGUUAAAAUGAUGGUUGUACUUGGGGAACUUGGUGGGCGUGAUGAGUAUUCUCUUGUGGAAGCCCUAAAACAAGGGAAAGUGACUAAACCAGUGGUUGCUUGGGUUAGCGGAACCUGUGCACGACUCUUCAAAUCUGAAGUACAAUUUGGUCAUGCUGGAGCUAAAAGUGGUGGUGAGAUGGAGUCUGCUCAAGCAAAGAAUCAGGCAUUAAAAGAAGCUGGAGCUGUUGUUCCCACUUCAUUUGAAGCUUUUGAAGAUGCAAUAAAGGAAACAUUUCACAAAUUGGUUGAAGAAGGGAACGUCACACCUAUUAAAGAGUUUACUCCUCCACCAAUCCCUGAGGACCUUAACACAGCAAUUAGGAGUGGAAAAGUGCGUGCUCCAACUCACAUUAUUUCCACCAUCUCUGAUGACAGAGGUGAGGAGCCAUGCUAUGCUGGUGUACCAAUGUCUACCAUUAUUGAAAAUGGUUAUGGUGUGGGUGAUGUAAUCUCUCUUUUGUGGUUCAAACGCAGCCUUCCCCGUUACUGUACUCAAUUUAUUGAGAUAUGUAUCAUGCUAUGUGCUGACCAUGGUCCUUGUGUCUCUGGUGCUCACAAUUCUAUAGUAACAGCAAGGGCUGGGAAGGACCUUGUCUCCUGUCUUGUUUCAGGUUUGCUUACAAUUGGUCCUCGAUUUGGGGGUGCCAUUGAUGAUGCUGCUCGUUAUUUCAAGGAUGCUUAUGACAGGAGUCUUACGCCUUAUGAAUUUGUUGAAAGUAUGAAGAAUAAGGGCAUCCGUGUUCCAGGAAUAGGGCACAGAAUCAAGAAUAGGGAUAACAAAGAUAAGAGAGUCGAGCUGCUACAGAAGUUUGCACGCACGCAUUUUCCUUCUGUGAAAUACAUGGAGUAUGCUGUUGAAGUUGAAAACUACACCCUCACCAAGGCAAAUAACCUAGUUCUAAACGUAGAUGGUGCAAUCGGGUCACUUUUCUUGGAUCUUCUUGCUGGUAGCGGAAUGUUCACCAAACAAGAGGUUGAUGAAAUUGUGGAGAUUGGCUAUCUGAAUGGGCUUUUUGUUUUGGCACGCUCCAUUGGUCUGAUAGGGCAUACCUUUGACCAGAAGAGAUUGAAACAACCACUCUACCGCCACCCAUGGGAGGAUGUUCUUUACACAAAGUGAGGGGAUUCUGUAUGGCAGGAGGAACCUUGUUAUGCUUCAAAUUAGCAUCUUUUGGGAAAUUAUGCAUCACGCUAGCAUGAUUUAGUUUUUAGCUGUUAGACUAGUAUACUACGAGUCUACUGGUAUCUAGCCAUCUUCAGUUUGUAAGUUGUAUUAAAAAUUCAUUCACGAGAUAACUAAGUUAUCUCUGUUUGAGAAAAUUUGUAAGUUAUGAGAAAUUGAGUUCAUUUUUUAUGAGAACAUUUCGAUGAGGAAGUGUGCAUUUGAAGAAAAUUGUUUCAAUAAAAUUAAUUUCAAAGAUAUCUUACACUUUGAAAGUUGUUA